AUCACCAGAAGACCCUCUCCUCUUUUGCGGCUUCUCCUCGGUUGUGACGUCACGAAGGCUGUGGCUCCAGUUUUGUAGGCUUUGUGAGAAAACGACGCUGUGAUGUUUUUGUGGAUCACCCGGCUCAGAGACGUGUGAGCUAGUGGAGCAUAAGAGCCAUGCUGAGCCCAACCCAGGAGGAAAGUGAGCAAUACCCUUUGACCACCCAAACCGCUCUGGAUCCACCGAACAAUGACACAGAUUCUACUGAGGCAGCACCAAGAGAAGCAGGUGCACAAGAAGCGAGGGAUACAUCUGUUGAAGACACCAAUGGAACCCAGAUUAAUGAAACACUCACAGAUGAGUCCCUUCAACAAGCCACGAAGACUGUUGAACCCUCAAACAACAAGGACGAGAUGGCGGUGGAUCAUGAUCCUAAGAACAAUCCUCCAUCAGAGCGGACACUCAACUCAAACGAAGAUCCCGGUACUGAUGAACAAAAUUUAAAGAAAAAGGAAAGACGUUACCCCUCCAAGAAAGCCAUGGUAGAUCCUCUAAAGAUGGACAUGACCAAGCCCGUGGUUAUGCCGCUAACAUCAUCAGAGCUUUCCCUGCAAUGCAUCGAGUGCCACAUCAUCUUCAGCGACUCCAAGAGCAAACAACGCCACCUGAAGUUGAGCCAUCCAGUCGAAUACGAGCAAUGCAUCCUGAGGAAUUCGCUUUUCACCUGCUAUCAUUGCGAUAGCCACUUCACCAACUCCACCGAGCUCAUGGCGCAUCAAAAAACACACGUGGAAAGGAAACCCUACAAGUGCCCUCUGUGCGGCCAGACCUUUAAAAGGUUAUCCGAGCUCACGCUCCACAAAAAGGUUCACGUCGGGCAGGAUGGUUACACCUGUCCCGACUGUGGCAAAACAUGCAAAACAACAACACUGCUCAAGUACCACAGUCGUGUACACACCGGAGAGCGGCCGUAUGUUUGCAAGGAGUGUGGGAGCAGGUUUAGCAUGUCCAAUGCACUGCAGAAACAUUUGCUGUCCCACUUGCCGGAAGGUGCCCGAGAAGCGGAAGAGGCCAAAAUGAAAGUAAAACGGAAAAAAGAGCAAGAUGCCUUAACACCCAAGUAUCCCUGCACUUUUUGCAAGGCAACUUUCAAAAGUCCCAAGAUGCGCCUUCGUCAUCUUACAAACAAGCACAGUGUAUCGCUCGAUUCACUUGGGAAAGCCAUGCAAGCCAGGUCACACAUAAAUCAUUUUACUCCAGUGAUAACGCCCAUAUCCAUCGCCCAUACGUCAUUGCUACAAUUGGAGCCCAAUGGGCCUCUUCAGAAAGUCGACGGCAACAUCGACACCGAGCCCAUACGGAAACUUAUCGAAUCUUUGGGAAACGUCCAGAAAGUAAACCAAGUUGUGAUUUUGGGUCAAGUCCCGCCUAAUGCGCCACCAUUGGAAGUUCAGCAGAUCUCCAAACCGCUCAGUUUAAACCUCAAACCACUCCAAUCGGAUUCUACAUGGGUAGAAUCGAAGACGGCGGAAGGAGACUUUUCAAACAACCCAUUUGACCCGAUGGAACAAACGAUCAUACUAGAACCGAUUACACCCGACGGGCAGUUCAUCAACCCGCCCUUCUCAGAGUUGGGCUCACAAAUUGUGUCAGGUGAAAGUCUGGCACUCGGUCUUGCUCCAAGUGAACAUCGAUUUUCUCCAGGGGGAGAGGUCAUGCAUCAAAUUCAUCCGCAACCUGGGAUUGAUUUAACAAACUCCAAUUUAUUUAAGUCGCUGGUUUUCCAAGACCUCGAGCAAACGGUCGUAUUAGAACUAACCCCUGCCUUGACACCAACUGCAGAGCAGCAGCCAUCACAAAACGAGCAACCACCGGAAAUCCCAAACCCUUCGUUGCUACCAACCACUGAACUGGAGAAAACUUCCUAUCAAAGUAUUGUAAAUGAGCACGAUACCGGCUCGCCAGUCCCAUCGUUCGGGCCUUUAGUCGAGCAAAAUUUGUCAUCUCUGCAAAGCACAAUCCCGUUAUCGCAACCUACAGUUGACAAGAACCCGACAUCGCUCCACACGGAUCAACAAGAUCUUUCCGAUUCCACUUUAGCCCCACCACAGACACCCAUACAAGAUUUAGGGGAACCUGGAGCUAACUCACAAGAGGAGGAUCAGAAUCAAAAAGCCAGUCAAGCGCAGGUCCACUCGUUACCCGAUAACGGGACCCCUCAGGAAUCCCGAGAGAAGACGACACAAGAUGAAGAGUUACUGGUUGAUGGAAAGGAGGACAACAAAGAGAUGGAGAGUCUUUCUGAUGCCACGGUUGCUUCUGCUAAAAUGUGUCCUUCUCAUUCAUCCAACAAAGAGGCACCACAGACCUCGGAGUUACCUGUAAAUGUAAUGUCAGCUCAAGAACUUGUGAAAGUACGCAAAAGAAAGCCCGCCAGAGCCUUGAUUAUACAAGGUUAUAUGCAAGAACUGAUAGGCUCCAUCCUUGACGAAGAUUUACAAAGUGAUGGCAAACAAGCGAAACGCAAAAGAACCAAAAAGUCUCAUCUUGUUAAUUUCAAUCCACGGAAGAAAGAGAAGAAAAAUAAAAAACAAAGAGUGCCUUCGCAGCAAUGCCAGUCUCCGCAAAAAGAACCCGUGAUCGACGGGGCAAUGAACGCGUCGGAGAAUAAAGUGGCAUCAAAGAAGAAGGGAAAAAUUGCCGGUAAAAGUAAAAAAGCUAACACGGCAUCUCCGGGUGAAGUCAGUUUGGAUUCACCGGCAAAACAAAAAAAAAAGAAGAAAAAACUGAAAAAAGAAUGUGCAGCUAGAGAUCAGCAUAAAAGUAAACAAAAGAAGAAAAUCAAGUCUAAAGGUGAGCAGAAAUGUUCUUCCAAGAAUACAAAGGUGAAAAUGAUGACAAAUAAAGGGAAGAAAAAAAAGGAAGACACAAUGAGCCCCAAAAACAACCAAAGCAAAGGACAAGCCGAAUCACCCGGCACACAAGUCACGCAAGAUUCUCUCCUUUUACUCAAAGGUCAUAAGCAGCCCCAGCUGAAGGUUCACAAAUUGGAUCCUUCCAAAACAUCCGGACAAGAGAUUCCACCUCCGGAAAACCCAUCCCAACACAGCGAAGACAACCAGGCAAACCCCGAAACCAAGACUGCAAAUAAUCCCGAGAAGAAAAAAGGCAAAUCCAAAAAGAACCCCAAAACUCUCUCCUUGCUGUCAUUUCUGAAGACAUCAUCACAUCAAGCUUCUGAAACCCAGCUCGUCAAACCAAAAACCGGUCGAAAACGAAAAGCUUCAUCCAACUUGGAGGUUGAAGGGGUGAUCACCGCGCCGCAUUCCAAGCGAGCGUUGGAAUGCCAAAACUGCGGGGAGAUAUUCACUGAAGUUGCUUCACUUCAGAAGCACAAGGCCAUGGUACAUGUUUUAGAAAGUCCUCAACUUACGUACACUAAUGGCAAUAUCUUUGAAGGCGUCUCCAGAUUAAAUGUCGACCAUCAAGAAAGUCUUAUCAAUCCGACCACCGCUUGGGGUAAUGAACCCUUGACGGCGUUAGAAGAAAGUCAACCAAAUGUCUCAUUUCCUGCUUUGAUUCCAUCUCCGGCUUUACCCGGUGAAAACGAUGUUCAGCCUCCGGUUUCUUCGAAAGCGUUAGAACCGAUCAAAAACAACAAGGCUUCUAAUUUGGAUCCUCGCUUUGAAAGCACCGCUGCGGUGAAGCGAAAUGAAUCUGCAGAGUCCGUAGAUAAACAGCAAGAACGUUCACCCGAGAAUUUAGAAUCUGACCACCGGGCCCCCGUAGAAGAAGACGUCAAGGAGGAUGAUCUUCUCGGAUUGGACCUCGUCACCGUCGGGGAGGACAAUGAAAACAAUUUGCUUCAAGACAACAUUCCCCAAAGUGAAUCGGUUGAAGUUGCUAAUUCUGAAGCCAGGAGCUUUGAAACUGAAGAUCAAGCAAGAGAAGCGAGAAGCUUGCAGUCGGUGUCCUGCUCCACGCAACAGGUAGGAGUUAAAAAUGAGGAAGAGGAGGUGUUAGUCCAGAAGAAAAAGAAAGCGGGAAAAGGACGUAAACGACAAGGACGAGCGCGUCUAAAAGCGGAUGCGGUGUCGAGGAAAUGUUUACAACCGGGUCCUGUCACAAGAACUGAAUUCGAGGUAGGACAGGAGGAUUGUCAGGUCAUUUAUGAAAAACUCGAAUAUAACUCCCAAAUUAAUCAUCAAGAUCAGACGAUUGCCCAGACAGAUAUUCUUCCGGGACCUCAUCCCCACAGAUGCCCUGCAAUUACUCCCCCAACUUCCACUAUUGUGGAGCAAGCCAGUGUAUCUUCAGACAGAGAAAGUCAGCCAUCUCCAGGAAUCUAUCUUGAGAAGAUAGUAACUGCUGAACCCGGGCAACCUCGUGUAACGAUCUCCCGUAUAAAUCAAAGACAGAAUUUGAAGUGCACCUCUGAAAAUGAGACGCAAGCUAUGAUCAAGGUUGAGGAGAGUACAUCAGAUCUGCUGCUGGGAUCGGGAGCAGGCACGCAACCACAACAAAACCGAGACAUUCGCACGGUUCUGGUGAAGCAGGAGACCAGAGUCCCGCUUCAUGAUGCCUGGUCCACACCGGAUAGCCAAAGCAGGGAAUGGAACGUGGAGCAAGUCACCGAUCGGAACUCUGUCAGCCCACUCACAGACACUGAGACCACGUCCAGCGACUGCCGCCUUUCCCCGGACUUCAGCAACAAGCAGUGUAUCUUCUACCCGGUGAAAGUGGAAGAGAGGGAACUUCCCCUGGCUAGAAGCCCGGAAGCAUCCGAUGAUGUCAGACGGAUGCUCCAUCCAACCACAACCUGCUCUUUAUUUGACGGCAUUCAGCAAGAAGGAACAGAGAUGAUGGACGUUCACGACUUUGCUGACGGACAAGCCGAAGAAGAGUUUCAGAAUCCGGCGGACGUGCGGAGCUAUCUUCUGCAGGCUUCUGAUGAAGACGAUGCAAGAAUUUGGGAGUUGUCGCAACCGCACGUUGACGCAGAAGCAGAAGUCUUGGCCUAUUUCGAUAAGAGCCACGGCGACUGCUCUCAACAGCCAGACGGAACCACACAAAGGGUGUGCAAAGCAGCAACUCGAGAGCCCACCGAGUACUUCUCCAGGUAUUUUAGCUGGGACACCUGGGUCGAAAUGGCCCGCUGCACCAAUCAAACAUCCGACUGCGUCACUGCGAGGGAAGUCGCCCAGUUUGUUGGGAUCCACAUUGCAAUGGGAACUUUAAAGUUUCCCAGUCCACGACUCUACUGGGACAACUUGACCAAGGUGCCCUUGAUUGCGGAUACCAUGCCGCUUUCCCGCUUCCUCCAACUCUCGCGCUUGUUGAAACUUGCUAAGGAUCCGCACAAUAGGAAUAUGAGAGAAAGAACUCGUAGCGACUUUUCUCAUCAUCCCGCUGACAGGAGAGACGAUGACUCCGUGGACCCUUUGUGGAAGGUUGUGCCAUUAUUGUGCCGCUUCCAAAAUGGCUGCCAGUCACUUAGAAGACAAGGUGACUUAGCAGUGGAUCAGUAUUUAAUUCCCUUAACUGGUAAGGUGCACAACAACAGGCUGGCUCUGCAUAGCACCACGUUGAUUGGAUUUGGGGGCUUUCUUCUUCAUGUGGAUCUUAAAGCGGAUCUGUCCAAUAAGGAGGAAACCAUCGAGAAAAUGGUUCCCAAAGGCAGCACUGUGUUUCUUUGCAAGCAAGAACUCUCCACUCCCGCCAUGUUGGAGCGCCUCCUAACGGCAGGGAUCCACGGUGCGGGCCGGGUCGGAGGAGCGCAGGGCCAGAUCGGAGACGAGUUCGUAAGCUCGGACGGCAAGCUGAUGCUACGCAGGUCGCACCACGGCUUCAUUCUCUCCACGGCAGGAAACGGUCAUAAAAACAUGGCGUCUCUCAUUAGUAACUUUGAGAAAGCCCAGGCGGCGGCUCGCCUCAAUAGAGAAUUGUUGAAUCUUUACUCCAUCCCGGUUUCCACCUCACCAACAGGCUGGCCUCUCGCUGUGCUCUGGUACCUUACUGAUAUGGCUUUGGUCAACUCCUGGCUUUUGUACAGACACGAUCACAUGACCGCACAAGCACCUUUGUCUCUUAUGGACUUCAGAUUGGCCGUAUCCAAAGCCUUGAUCCACUCCAGCGGCACAGACCCUCAGAACUCUGUCCUCCCGCGACCCUCCUCUGACCCACCUAACCCCGGUACAGUCGAAGAAAACCCACUCCCCGAUGCGACAACACGGUACGACGGUUCGGGCCACUGGCCAGAGCAACUCGCAGAGGGUGAAGGGGGCAGGUGUCGUUUUGGCAACUGUCAGAGGACAUCACGAGUUAUGUGCCUCAAGUGCUGUGUCUUUCUUUGUAUCUCCCGCAACCACAACUGCUUUUUAAAUUUUCAUAAUCAGGCAAGUUCAGGGAACCUCUAGCACCAUACCUUUUAUUCAUGAGGUCACCACAACCAAAUAGGUGUGUCACAAUUUUUAUAUAAGAACAGCGACUCAAACGCUACAGCACCAGUGUUUUAUUUUUUUUUAUGCUUUUGCACUACGACAUCCUUAAUUGAAACACUAGUGCAAUAUGAUUUGAAAUUUUUAUCCUCAAUUGUAUAACAGCUUCCAUCAAUAACUGAUAUUGUUUUUUAUGAUUUUUCUGGUUGUUUGUCCUACCUGGAAACUUUUUUAGAGGGGAUAUUGUAAAAAUUUCCUUACACAGCCCCAAUAAAAGAAAAUCAGAUAUCGGAAAAAAACUAAACAUGUCGAUAUUGUCUGGUUUGUUCUGUCCUUCAUUCACAAUGAUAUGCACUGGCCAUGUUGGUCUUCUGGAACAUUUCUGUCAUGAAGUAACAACAAAAAAAGAAACUGGUUGUCAAAUAUGUGAUCUUUAAGAGUGAAGUACGUUUAACAAUUUUGCACACGAAGACUGUAUUACUGUCAAGAUCUUACUGUAUGUACUGAAUAAGGUGGAUUUGACUUGAGUAAUUUGCUUGUGUCCUAUCAUGAGUUAAUUUUUUAAUGAUUAUUUAACAUUUAAUUUUUUGAUGAUUAUUUAACAUUUCACAAUGUGUAUGUUUCUAAAUUGUGGAUAUUGUUACUGGUAAUAUAUGUAACAUUUUUUUUUUUUUCCAAAGGCCUAUGAAUAUGAUCACUUGAAAAGUAAUGCAGAACUGUAAAAUAAUGCAUAAGAAAAUGGCUGUGAAAUUCAACCAGGAUUAGUGUAAAGAAUUUUUUUCAAGUAAAUUACAAUUCUCAAA